CUGGGGGUGGUGUGUGUGGAGUCAGGCCUGUGAUUGGACUGCAGACUCCUCUAGGGAGGAGGAAAACAAAAGUAAAAAGGAAAGAGCUGGGGAGAGGGGAGAGGCCCACCCCGCCCCCCAUCCCACCCCUAUGCACACUCACCCAGGCCUGGAAGAGGGGACAGCCACUAGCCUGCAGAGGGUCCGUGUGUGUCAAAGGUGAUAGCGACAGAUGCUGGACCCAGGGAGACCUCCACCCCAAGUCGGCCUGCAGGGCCUCCGGCGACUGACUUGCCAACAGCUGGACUUGAUCACCGGCUUGCUAAGUGAGAUCAUGCAUCUGAGGGAGUAACUAGCAGACUUUGCUGUCCGGCUGUUUUUGGAAAAUUUUUCUCAGCAGCGGCUAGAAAGCAGGAGACCACCACCUGGACCCUUGAGCCUUCUUCGAGAAGCAACAGCAGAAGAGAUUCCCACCCUGGGUGGUUUGCAGGACCAUGCUGGCUCUUAGGCGAGCUUCUGCUUUCAGCGUUCUGAUCCUCACGGCCUUUCUGCCCCUGCCGCAGUUCGCCCAGGACCCGGCCAUGGUGCACUACAUCUAUCAGCGCUUUCAAGUCUUGGAGCAAGGACUGCAGAAAUGUACCCAAGCAGCAAGAGAAUACAUUGAAGAUUUCCGAGAGUUCUCGAAAAACAUAUCCGUUAUGCUGGGACGAUGUCAGACGUACACAAGUGAGUACAAGAGUGCGGUCCGUAACCUGGCACUGAGAGUCGAACGUGCCCAGCGGGAGAUCGACUACCUGGAGUACCUGCGGGAGGCUGAGGUGUGCACAGAGUCAGAGGACGAGAUGCUGGCAGAAAAGCAAGUCCAAGAAGCUGAGGAGCAGAAAAGGAUCCGGACACUGCUGAAUGCAAGCUGUGACAACAUGCUGAUGGGCAUAAAGUCUCUGAAAAUAGUGAAGAAGACAAUGGACACAGAUGGCUCUUGGAUGAAAGAUGCUGUCAGAGACUCUCCAAAAGUUUAUCUCUUAAUUGGAUCCAGAAACAACACUGUCUGGGAAUUUGCCAGCAUACGGGCAUUCAUGGAAGAUAGCACCAAGCCAGGCCCCCGGAAGCUGAUCCUAACACAUUCCUGGCAGGGGACAGGCCAAGUGAUCUACAAAGGUUUCCUAUUUUUUCACAGCCAAGGGACUCCCAAUGAGAUCAUCAAAUAUAACCUGCAGAAGAGGACCGUGGAAGAUCGGAUGCUGCUCUUGGGAGGGGCAGGCAGAGCCCUGGCCUACCCACACUCCCCCUCGACUUACAUUGACCUGGCUGUGGAUGAGCACGGGCUCUGGGCCAUCCACUCAGGGCCAAGCAUCCACGGCCAUUUGGUUCUCACGAAAAUUGAGCCUGACACACUGGGAGUGGAACACUCAUGGGACACUCCAUGCAGAAGUCAGGAUGCUGAAGCCUCAUUCCUCUUGUGUGGUGUCCUCUACGUGGUCUACAGUUCUGGUGGCCUCGGCCCGCAUCGCAUCACUUGUGUCUAUGAUCCGCUGGGCACUGUCAUUGAGGAGAAUCUGCCCAACGUGUUCUUCCCCAGGCGGUCAAGAAGUCACUCCAUGAUUCAUUACAACCCUAGAGAUAAGCAGCUCUAUGCCUGGAAUGAUGGAAACCAGAUCAUUUACAAACUCCAGACAAAGAGAAAGCAGCCUCUGCAGUGAUGCAUUGCAGCCACGAGGGAGAGCGCCGGGGAUACUGCUCUCCAGGAGACGGAAGCCACAGCCCCUUUGCAAUAUAGUAUCCCUCUAAUCGCACACAGGGAUGGGGCUGGAAGUGGGAAUGCACACGCAUCCUUUUCCAGAUGGUACUGCCUUCAGUAUCUUCCAAGAGCAUAGAUGAGAGUCUGUCAUUCAGGAAUUUUCAACAACUUCCAUUACCCAUCCAAACCUCCUGGAGCUCAAGGCCUUCCACAUUCCGAUCCAGCUUACUUCCAGCCUUUUCUUUUACUAGCAUUUACUCUAACUCUCCCCACCACCCCCCCUCCGAGCCAUUAGAAAUGUAAGCCACCCCUUAAUACUCGUGGCUUCUCUCCCCUCUGGCCUUUGCUCAAAGCUCUUUCCUAUUUCACAAAUGCCUACUGAUAUUCUUCCAUUAUUCACUGCCCAAAUAAAGUACUAUUUCUUAUUGAUGUUUAAUCUCGGUUUCCCCUGGUUCUGCCCCUCCACCAAGCCAGGCGGAUGUAAUAAUAAAGUGAAAACAUUACCAUUUGAAUACCAGUUGCCAGUUACAAAGUGUCUGCACCUAUGUUACAAGUCAUCUCACCCUAAUGAGAUAGGCAGGACAAGUCUUUAUACAUGAGGAGGGUUCAGGUGAGCCAUUCAAAGUACCAAAGCUACAAAAUGAAAGAGCUAGAAAAUACUGCAAACCCCAUAAUCUUUCCAUUGUCCAAGGAAGCAUCAAAUAUAUAUGUUUGUUCGCUUAACCUUCUCUAAGCAAUACGUUAAUCAUCUCAGCCUAAAAAUAAUGGUCUGCCCCUUUAGCUAGUUGCAUGUCCACACAAGACCCUCCUAUAGGCCUUUCAAAAGCUACUUCCUCUAGAAAACCAGCCUAAGGGUGAGGACCCCACUUCUGUUCUCAUCUUGCCUUACCUUCCCUUGCUUUUCUCAUCUUGCUUAAAAUACAAUAAAACUGACACUAAGCAAAUAAACCUCAUCAGGCUCUAUUUGCCUACAUGCCCUCCGCAUAAAAGUUUCUGGGAGUGCUGCCUGUGCUUGGGUUUACUGUGAACAAUCCCCAACACACUGAGGCCCUCGGUAAAUAUUCUGGAAUCUGGAUGGAAGCCAGAUAGCAGGCAAGGGACUCCCUGCCACAGCAGGCGUGCCUUGUGGCACAGGGGACAGAGGGCAGCUGUGCCCGUCCAGAGGGGCUUCUUCAAGCUCUUUCCCACGCGUUUGUCCACUGCAGCCUGGUUUGGGUCACAAGUGCAGGCUGCGGUGCCAGUCUGUGUCAUGUGCUGAGGCCUCUAUCUUUCCAGGCUGGUCACAUGAGAGGGUUUGCUCUGUGUGUUUGCAGCUGUUUCCCCACCUCUGCCAAGCCCAGGCUGAGACCAUAGGCAGUGAAGAGAGGUUUUUUGUUUUUUUUCCCCUGUAGCAUUUGAGUAAAUCUUUGGCAGAAUGGAAUUACUCACUCCAUGGACACAGUGCAAUUACCCACAGUUCUAACAGAGUGAUACAGAGAGCCCAAAUCUGUUGUGGAAUGAGGCAGGUAUGAAUAAUUAAACAUGGUGAUAUUACCAACUCCAUGGGUUUGGGGACAUUAGUUGCCCCAUGUGUAAAAUAACAUUACCUAUUUCACAGGGAAAAGGAAUGCGGGCUGCCUCACAAGGGAGGGUAGCAGGGGAAUUAUCUUGGAGUGGAAUUAUGUGUAAGUCAUGCAUACACAGUUCCUCUGGAGGCACACAGAGGCUGCCUGUAAUGUGCUUGCUAUCUGCCUUUCAUCUGUGAUAUGCUUUGCUUUGACAGUUCUGCAGGGCACACCUGCCACUAACAACCAACCAACCCACUCUGGUGCCUUAAAUUCCUGCAGCUAGAAUCACUUCUUCAGGUCAAGACAUUUUCUCCAGGAAGCCCCUGUUAACGGGCCACUUUGUUUCCUGGGAGCCAGGGCUGGACAUGCAGGCCCUCAAAUACUUCUUGGGCUUCUUUCAGAUGAACUUUUCAGCUCUGGCUCUCUUGUUGGAUUUUAGUGAGGACUGAAGUUCCUAAAACCUAGACCAGUGGUUCUUAAACUUGACUGCACCUAAGAAUCACCUGAGUAGCUUUUAAAAAUCCUGAUGCCAGGCCAUACCCCCAGACCAUUCAGUCAGAGCCUCUGGAGGUGGGACCAGACAGUACUAUAAUUUUCAAGCCCCCUUCCCUAAAGUGGUUCCGAAGUAUGAAUAAGCUGGAAAGCCAGUGACUUACACCAUUUUUAAAAAAUUGAAGUAUAGUUGAUUUACA